UUUCGUUUGGAUCGUUCUGUCUGUUAUGCCCGUGAUCUUUUCAGUUCAGAACUUCAGAGAGCGAUAAAACUGUGGGGGCAAGUGCUCUGGCGCCGGCAAUAAUGGAGGCGGCGGCUAGAGGCAACAAGAAGCUGCAGGAGAGGGUGCCCAUCCGGCGCACCGCGUGGAGGCUCGCCGACCUCGCCAUCCUCUUCCUCCUCCUCGCCCUCCUCCUCCACCGCGUCCUCCACGACAGCGGCGCGCCAUGGCGGCGCGCCGCGCUCGCCUGCGAGGCGUGGUUCACCUUCAUGUGGCUGCUCAACGUGAACGCCAAGUGGAGCCCCGUCCGUUUCGACACGUUCCCGGAGAACCUCGCCGAAAGGAUCGACGAGCUCCCGGCGGUGGACAUGUUCGUGACGACGGCGGACCCGGUGCUGGAGCCGCCGCUGGUGACCGUGAACACGGUGCUGUCGCUGCUCGCCCUCGACUACCCGGCCGCCGGCGAGAAGCUGGCGUGCUACGUCUCCGACGACGGGUGCUCGCCGCUGACGUGCUACGCGCUGCGGGAGGCCGCCCGGUUCGCCAGGACGUGGGUGCCCUUCUGCCGGCGGCACGGCGUCGCCGUCAGGGCGCCCUUCCGGUACUUCUCCUCCACGCCGGAGUUCGGCCCGGCGGAUGGCAAGUUCUUGGAGGACUGGACAUUCAUGAAGAGCGAGUAUGAGAAGUUGGUCCACCGGAUCGAGGACGCCGAUGAGCCUUCCCUUCUGCGGCACGGCGGUGGUGAGUUCGCAGAGUUUCUGGAUGUUGAGAGGGGGAACCACCCUACUAUCAUAAAGGUUCUGUGGGAUAACAACAGGAGCAGGACAGGAGAUGGCUUCCCUCGUCUGAUAUACGUCUCAAGGGAGAAGAGCCCCAACCUACACCAUCACUACAAGGCUGGCGCCAUGAAUGCCCUGACAAGGGUGUCAGCACUGAUGACCAACGCCCCAUUCAUGCUAAACCUAGACUGCGACAUGUUUGUAAACAACCCCCGGGUCGUCCUCCAUGCCAUGUGCCUUCUGUUAGGUUUUGACGAUGAGAUCAGCUGCGCGUUUGUUCAGACGCCGCAGAAAUUCUACGGUGCCUUGAAGGAUGAUCCUUUCGGGAACCAGCUGGAAGUUAGUUUGAUGAAAGUUGGACGUGGGAUUGCAGGGCUUCAGGGCAUAUUUUAUUGUGGAACAGGCUGCUUUCACCGCAGAAAAGUCAUUUACGGCAUGAGGACAGGGCGAGAAGGCACCACAGGUUAUUCAUCUAACAAGGAGCUCCAUAGUAAAUUCGGAAGUUCAAAUAAUUUUAAGGAAUCAGCCAGGGAUGUCAUUUAUGGGAACUUGUCAACAGAGCCAAUAGUAGAUAUAUCAAGUUGCGUUGAUGUUGCCAAAGAAGUAGCUGCCUGCAACUACGAGAUUGGCACAUGUUGGGGUCAGGAGGUUGGUUGGGUCUAUGGAUCACUGACAGAAGACGUGUUGACCGGACAACGGAUCCAUGCAGCGGGUUGGAGAUCCACGCUGAUGGAAAUCGAACCACCAGCAUUCAUGGGUUGUGCACCAAAUGGAGGGCCCGCCUGCCUAACCCAGUUGAAGAGAUGGGCAUCAGGUUUUUUAGAAAUACUCAUCAGUCGGAAUAACCCAAUCCUCACAACCACAUUUAAGAGUCUCCAAUUCCGACAAUGCCUUGCAUACCUGCACAGCUAUGUGUGGCCUGUGAGGGCACCUUUCGAAUUGUGCUAUGCAUUGUUGGGGCCUUAUUGCUUACUAUCAAACCAAUCCUUCUUGCCAAAGACAUCAGAAGACGGUUUCUACAUCGCAUUAGCUCUAUUCAUUGCCUAUAACACAUACAUGUUCAUGGAGUUCAUAGAGUGUGGGCAGUCUGCACGUGCAUGUUGGAACAACCACAGGAUGCAACGGAUCACCUCAGCUUCUGCUUGGCUACUGGCAUUUCUUACCGUCAUCCUCAAGACCUUAGGCUUCUCCGAGACUGUGUUCGAGGUCACCCGCAAAGACAAGAGCACAUCAGAUGGUGAUUCCAACACCGAUGAGCCUGAGCCAGGGAGGUUCACCUUCGACGAAUCGACGGUGUUCAUUCCCGUGACAGCACUUGCAAUGUUAAGUGUCAUUGCAAUCGCUGUAGGAGCAUGGAGGGUGGUUUUGGUGACAACGGAAGGCUUGCCCGGUGGCCCUGGUAUCAGUGAAUUCAUCUCCUGUGGGUGGCUGGUGCUGUGCUUCAUGCCAUUGCUGAGAGGUCUAGUGGGAAGUGGUCGAUAUGGCAUUCCUUGGAGUAUCAAGAUGAAGGCCUGCUUGCUUGUUGCUAUAUUCUUGCUCUUCUGCAAAAGAAAUUAAUUGCAGCUGGUGUGCAGCAACAAUUAGUCCAUACUAUUAUUUGAGCAUGCAAACACUAGGUUUCAUCUUCAUAUUAUUAUGUCCGCAAACGUUGACUAAGCUCUAGAAAAGGGAACAAUUCAAUCACUAAUUCGAAGCAAAAACUGGUUGUUUACUGUAAGAGAGAAUCUACUCGUCCAUGGCAAGUUGUCCCACCGGUGCAAACUUGAUCUUAGUGGCAUAUAUAUAGUAGAUUUCCUCUUAUUGUACGGCCUGUAUGCAUGCAUGAAUCCUUCAAAGUAGAAGCAUUGGAGCGGUCCCGUGCAAAUUUAUUUUCUUGGAUGGAUCUACUAUUAUAAAAAUUGAAGAUGUUUUUGCUGAUA